GAGUGCUAAUAAAAAUUUUGGUUUUGAAACCAAGUCUUCCAUAAAGAAAAUAUAUAUUUAAAUGUGAUAUUUGUGUCGAUUAUCUUAAAGCUAUCGCGUCUUCCAUGAGAUUCUACGGCUAAAUAUUAUAAAAAUACAAAUCACAUCGUCUUCCAGAAAUUGUAUAUUUCAAAAGUUGUGAUAAUCUUAACCCUAAAUAUAAACAGCAAUAAAAAGCAAUUGCAAAGAAUCGAAAUAUUCUUAUAAAUAUAAUUGUGAAGAAAAAUUCAAUUAGUGGUAAUUUUGUGUUACUUUUUGUAGUUAUAUAUUGUAUUUAAUUAGUAAAGAAAAUCCAAAGAAGAAAUGGAACAAAAAUUAGGACAAUUGAUAGAUGUUUGGCAUACAAUCCACGACAAAGUGCAGAGCCAUUUGCCCGCGUCGUGCACUGAAGGGGGAGAGAAAGUGCAAAUCAAUAGACAGGGACACUCUCGAGGCGAGCAUGAAAUGGCAUCCUUCAGAACUUUUGAGAGAUCCGACGGUCAGACGGCACCGCCGGAGGGGUACGGAGAGUAUAGCGAAAUGGAUGAAUACGAGGGCAAAAUGAAUGGUAUGGUUAACAACGAAGGAACCGCUGAAUUCUGCGAAGGCGGCCAACCGGGAGUUAUGAUAUCUGAAUGGCAGGCCGGUUGGAAUGUGACCAAUGCUAUACAAGGUAUGUUUAUAGUGUCACUUCCAUAUGCAGUACUACACGGAGGUUAUUGGGGUGUCGGCACACUUGUAUUUGUGGCCUACAUUUGCUGCUAUACCGGGAAAAUACUGGUCGACUGUCUGUACGAACAGAACGAAAGGGGAGAAGUGAAGAGAGUUAGAGACAGUUAUGUGAGUAUAGCUGAGGAGUGUAUGGGACAGAAAUACGGCGGAAAGAUAGUGAACGGCGCGCAGAUCAUCGAACUCCUCAUGACUUGCAUCCUAUAUGUGGUUCUUUGCGGAGAUCUACUGAUCGGUUCGUUUCCCAACGGGACCAUCGAUCAGAGGUCAUGGAUGAUGAUCUGCACAAUGCUUUUGCUUCCCUGCGCUUUCAUUACUGACAUCAGAGUUGUCUCUACUCUGAGUUUUUGGUGUACAAUAACUCAUAUUAUAAUCAAUAUACUUGUCACAUUUCGUUUGGAUGUCCAGACUUUCCCAAUUAUGUUAGGAAUUGUUGUAUUUAGUUAUACAUCACAAAUAUUUUUGCCGGGACUGGAGGGCAGUAUGAGAGACCGCUCCAGAUUUGAUUGUAUGCUCGACUGGAGUCAUAUCGCGGCCGCGGCUUUCAAGGGACUUUUUGCUUACAUAGGAUUUAUGACAUUCGGAGACGAGACUCAAGAAGUUAUAACAAACAAUUUGCCGACAAUGGGAUUCAAGCAUAUCGUCAAUUUGUCACUUGUUAUUAAAGCCCUGCUUUCAUAUCCACUUCCGUAUUACGCGGCCGCGGGUCUCAUAGAAUCGGCAUUUUUUCGCGGAAAACCAACGGAACAGAGACCAGAUGGCGAAGGAAUACAGCCCUUCCCCACGUGUUGGGCCAGAGAUAAUGACCUUAGAGUCUGGGCAGUAGCUCUUCGUGUAGGUCUUGUGCUUUUUAUUAUGUUUAUGGCCAUAUCGAUCCCUCACUUCGCGCUAUUGAUGGGACUGAUAGGCAACUUCACGGGAACGAUGCUGUCGUUUGUGUGGCCCUGUUUUUUCCAUAUGAAACUCAAGUGGAAUACAAUGGAAUUUAAUACAAUUACUUGGGAAGUGUUCAUCAUAUGUGUCGGUGUCUUCUGUGGCACAAUAGGCAUAAUCACCAGUUUUUCGGCGUUGAUAGACACCUAUCAUCUACCGCUGCCAUAUCCCGGUCCACAUUCAGUUCAGGGAUAGAAUUUCAAAUUCUCAAUGCAAUCAAUAAUUUAUGUAUUUAUUUCCACAAAAUUCUCACACAAUUCUUCAAAUAAUUU